UGACUGGACCGGAGACUGCAUAAAAGCGAUUUACAAUAUUAUGCGCGACGCGGCGCCACCACCACCACCCACGCACCAUUAUUGUGCUACAGGUAUUGAAUUAGAACAGUCUUUAAAUAUAGCACUAGAAACUGGCUAUAGAUUCUUCGACACGGCGAUUGGUUACAACAAUGAACCAGUAAUCGGAAAGGUUCUGAAUGAAUGGAUAUCAGCUGGAAAAGUGACUAGAGAAGAAUUAUUCAUCAUAACUAAACUCCCAUGCUUUGGAAAUCGUCCUGAAGACGUAGAUACAUAUAUUAAACAAUCACUAGAAAACUUACAGCUAGAUUAUAUUGAUAUGUACCUGAUACAUCUUCCAGUUGGUCUAUUUAAAAAUGGCAAAACGUUGUACAGUGAUAUGGAAUUAGAUAAAAGUACGGAUCACCUUAAAAUUUGGAAGAAAAUGGAGGACCAAGUGAUCAAUGGCCGAGCGAAAUCAAUCGGUUUGUCGAAUUUCAACAUCAAACAAACACAACGGAUAUUAGACAAUUGCAAAAUUAGACCCGAAGGUCUCCAGAACGAAAAUCAUUUGUACCUGCAAUCUUCCGAAGUCGUGCAAUUUUGCAAACUUAACGGUAUCAUCUUGAUCGCGUACUCGACUCUGGGCAUGAAAUCAUUCAGAGAAUUAGCGGGAUUAUCUUGGAACAACAAACAGUUACCAGAAAUGUUGGAGAAUGAUGUGUUGGUCAAGGUUGCAAAAAAACAUGGUAAGACUCCAGCCCAAGCGUUGUUGAAGUUCCUCAAUCAGAAGGAAAUUUCCGUCAUACCCAAAAGCGUGACCCCAGAUCGAAUAGUGGAAAACUUUCAAAUUUUCGAUUUUAAAUUGGACACGGAAGACAUGAACGCUCUACGCAGUCUGGACAACGGAGAAGGAGGGCGUAUCGUACAAUUUACGAUGAUUAAAAACAUCGCAGAUCACCCAGAAUAUCCAUUUUGAUCCUGUAAAGAUAAUAUUCUUAAAAACUACAUGUUUAUAAAUUUAUAAUUUCUGAGUGAUUCUAGCUCCAAAAAUAAUUGUUUUUUGAAUGUGGUUAUCCAAUUUUAAAAUAUAAUAUAAUAUU